AUGAUGAUAGUAACAACAACAAAAUGUAUGCUUACUUUGACGCUAUGUACAUCCUGGAUUGGUCGAUGCAGCAAUCGCUAGCCUUUGAGCUAAAAGGAAAUUUUUAUUUCCGUCCAAAGAUUUUCAAAAUUUCUCUUUCUUCAUAUUUCCCUUCUUCUUCCACAUCAUGUAUACAUUACUCAGUGGAUUCUACAAUUAUCUUACACAAAAAGAGGAAUACAAUGUACUAAUUAUUGGCUUGGAUAAUGCUGGAAAAACAACUCUGUUAGAGCGAAUUAAAUCAAUCUUUAUGGGUGUAGCUGGACUAUCUCCUGACAGGAUUGCACCAACAGUUGGAUUGAAUAUCGGUCGUAUCGAAGUUAAUUCAUCACGUAUCAAGUUUUGGGAUCUGGGUGGACAACGGGAUUUACAAUCUAUUUGGCAACGUUACUAUUCAGAUUGUCAUGCAAUAGUGUUUGUGGUUGACUCAACCGACGGACGAAGAUUAGAAGAAUGCAAAGAUACUUUUGAAACAAUCAUCACCAAUGAUCUAGUGGAAGGAGUGCCUAUUCUGAUGUUAGCUAAUAAACAAGAUUUACCUAAUGCAUUACGUGUAGAAGAAAUCAAGGAAGUAUUCAACAAGAUAGCCGUCAAAUUAGGCGCAAGGGAUUCACGUGUGUUACCAGUGAGUGCAUUGGAAGGAAAUGGAGUACGAGAAGCUAUUGAUUGGAUGAUCAAACGUCUACAACGGAACAAAUUGAAUCGACCACCUCUUUAUCGGUAAUUGAAUAGAUGGAUGAUACUCAUAAUUAAUUAGUAUAUACAACCUAGCUUUUAUUAUUUUUUUGUACCAUUUAUCAUUAACUUAAUAAAAAUAUAUACCACUCUCUGAUAA